GCCCCACGCCGACUGGCGCGUAGAUCCGCUCUCCAUCCGACUCUGGAGUCUGCAAAGGGAAGCAGGACGCCGACAGCGACGCCGUUCCUGGCUUCAUCAGCGACCACCGAGAUGCAACAGUGAUGGCAGAGAGAUUCUAUGGCUUUUUUUUGCAGGAGUUGGAGGCGAUGAUCCCUGGGGUCCCUUCCAAAUCUGGAUAUUCGAUGACGCUGCGAUUCUAUGAUUCCACGAUUCUAUGAUUCCUGCUCUAUCUUUUAGCCAAAGACAGGCAAUGAAAGAGAUGGAAAACCUCUGAGAGAUGAAAAACCCUCUCUAAGAGAUGGAAAUUAUUCUCUACAGAUCGCCUGAGCCAACAUUUCCUCUUGCAAAUAUCGUACUACGUGAGAGAGACCGACACAGAAAUGCACUGCGAUUGCAAACAGGCGUUCAGGGCUUUUGAUAUCCAAGCUUUGCUAAAGGAAAGUUUCCCAAACUUGAGUUUCUUUUUGCUGAAAAGAGGAAAUCUGGGCAUUAAAACCUGCUGCUUAACUCAUUUCUCCGAAGACACUGGGUGCAGCUCUACUGGAUUAGGAAACCCAUAGGAUGAGUUGGGUUAGAAGAGAGGAUCACCCCCUUCCAACCACAAAGGAAUAAAUGCAAAGAGGUGCUGACCAUGAAUGGGUUGGGAUCCUGGGAUGAUGCUGGGAUUGCGGACGGAUUCCCAGGGAGAUUCCUUUCCCCUGAGCAUAACUCCCACUCGGGAAUCCCAGCUGCUUCCUGGGCUCCAUCCCAUUGCCCCACACCUGAGCGCUGUGCCAGGGAAGUGCUCCGCAUCACCCAGCACCUAAAGAGCAUCGAUGGGAAAUUUCAGUGCCUCCGAGAGCUCUUCCAAAAAGGUGAAGCUGUUUCGGGCCCUGUCGAAGACAAACUGUCAGACCUCCUGCACGCCAUCUCCUCCUUCCUGACCACCUUUCCUGCUGUGAGCGCGGAUGCCAUCCAGCUGGCCACAGCCACACUCGUCUCCAACAUCAACGGUCUCGACCAUCAAGAAAGGGCACCUGAAAACAAGAAGCGCUACAGUGAGAUAUUCCGCAGCCUGGAUGCCAUCGAGAUCUCGAUUGGAAACGCGACGGUGGAUAUGUUCAUUGGUGACGCCGAUGGCAAUGAUUAUGCAGAGCUGACCAUGGAAAGGGAGAUUGUUGAGCCAAGAGAAGAUCUCUCCAAAAGCAAAAGCACUUCAGAGAGACAAAUGCAGGGAGACCUAACAGUGGAGGAAGCGGAUGAAAUGCUGAUAAAAUGCGAAGGCGGCGUUGAUGCGGCCCUAGAGUACGCCAAAAUGUGGUGUAAAUACGUCAAAGAGCUCCUCAGCUGGAUCGAGAAACGCCUGAAUUACGAGACAGAGUUUGCCAAAGGGAUCGUGAAGAUAGCAGAGUCGGGGAGGAACGCCAUCAUCCACCAGUCCAGUAUGCCUCUUCGGGCUCUCUACACAAUGGUCUUGGAGCACGAUAUCAAGAUUGGAAAUGCAGCCAGUGAGACAGUGGGGUUGCUCCAACAGAAGGAAUUCUACCAGCCUCUGUCGGCCAAGAAGAACGAGAUCGAGAAGUGGAGGAAAGAGUUCAAAGACCAGUGGGUCAAGGAGCAGAAGAGGAUGAACGAAUCCCUGUCCUUGCUGCGCAAAUCCCGCCUGCAGUACAUCCAGCGUUGCGAGGAGCUGGAGAAAGCCAAGCACCUGAGUGCAAAGGCAGAGGAUGAGUACCAGAACUCGGCCGUCAUCAGCCCCAGCAGUGCCACCAAGCAGCUGGAGAAGCGACGGCGCUCCUGCGAGGAGGCACAGGCCAAGGUUCAGGAAGCAGAAUCUUUGUACAAGAUGUGCAUCAACGAUGCCAACUUUCGGCGGCAGGAACUGGAGAAGGUGCGGGCACGGAUCAUCUCCCACAUUCGGAAGCUCAUUUACCAGGGAGACGAGGUGCUGACAUGGGUCACGUUGAGGAUGUUUAAGCAGAGGCAGACUCAGUCAGAAUGGAUUCCAGUGGGAUACCAGCACCUGUACGAGGUCUGCAAGCCAUACAGAGUGGGUGAGAAAUACCUGGAGUUCAUCCAGGCUCUGCAGAAGAAAGACAUUCCCAUGGAGCAUUUUGAGUUCGAGCCGUUCUCUUCUGGAGGACAGAGGUCUUCUCCCAGCAACAAAAAGAAGACACCGCUGCAUUAUACGGGAUGCAGCAAGGAUGGGAGCACCCCAGAAGAUACACCCAGAAGGCAGAUCUCCCCAAAUGGUGUGAACAAAUCCCUGUGCAGCGACACGGAGAGCCUUGGUGGGAGCUGUGAGUCACGAUCCCUGGAUUCUCCCAGCUCCAGUCCAGGAAACUCCACCAGGAAACUGCUGAAAGCUUCGUCCACGGGCACCAUGUCCUCCUCGGAUGACUUUGAAGAGAGAGAUUCAUUGCAAACUUCUGAAAAUGAAAAUGGCACAUCCCAGCAGCAGUCCAGGAAUGCUCUCCUCUCCAGCGCAGCGCAGACCCAUCGACUCAGGAAACUGCGGGGACCAACCAAGUGCAGAGAGUGUGACACUUUCAUGGUCAACGGCUUCGAGUGUGAGGAGUGCUAUCUGACCUGCCACAAGAAGUGUCUGGAGAACCUGCUGAUCACCUGCGGACACAAGAAGCUGCCCAACCGGGUGCCUCUCUUUGGCAUUGACUUCACCCAAGUUCCUCGAGACUUCCCGGAGGAGGUUCCCUUCAUCGUGGUGAAGUGCACCUCUGAAAUUGAAGCUCGUGCGUUGGGAGUGCAGGGGAUCUACCGGAUAAGCGGAUCCAAAGCCCGGGUGGAAAAGCUGUGCCAAGCGUUUGAGAAUGGCAGGAGCCUGGUGGAGCUCUCCGAGCAUUCCCCCCAUGACAUCACUGGCGUCCUGAAGCAUUUCCUGAAGGAACUUUCGGGACCCAUUCUGCCGUACCAGUUCUAUGACAACCUCAUUGCGCUUGCCAAAGAACUGCAAAAAGCUGGGGAAGAGAAGGUGGACUGCAUGAACUUCCCCUCAGAUCCCAUCCAGAGCAUGAAAGACUUGCUGAGCAAAUUGCCUGGCAGCAACUACAACACUCUGCGGCAUCUCAUUGCACACCUGUACAGGGUGGCAGAGAAAUAUGAAGAGAACAAGAUGUCCCCAAACAACCUGGGCAUCGUGUUUGGCCCCACUCUGAUCCGGCCGGGCUCAGGGAGCGACGUCUCCAUGUCCUGCCUUGUUGACUCCGGAUAUCAAGCCCAAAUCGUAGAGUUUCUCAUCCAGAACUACGAAAGAGUGUUUGGGAUGGAGGACCUGCCCUCAUCCUUAUCCCUUGGGUGUGAAAACCCUUUGCAAGAAGCGCCGACAGAGAAGGAUGAAGAACACCGGAGCCAAAACACAGCCCAGAAUGUAACUCUAGAGAAUCCCUCCUCCAAGCACAGUCGCAGCGUGGACGACGCAUCCGAUAUCUCAUCUUCUGGAGAGGCCAUCGAUGGGUUCGUGUUGGAGAAUGCCCAGAGCUCCGAGGGUGGAGAGGUGAAUGCGAGCGUUGGCUCUGAGCUGGAGGAGCUGGAGGAGAAGGCGGGCAGCGAUUCAGAGCCAGUCCUUGGGACGCAGCCACGGGGCCAUUUCAGCCGUCAGCCCGUGAAAUACGCCCGAGCGCAACCGAAAGCACGACCACACAUCCCCAAGCCUUCCAGCUUGCCCUUGAGAGCUUCCACAUCACCCAGCAUGGCAACGGACUCUGGGGCAGAAGGCAGCCUCACUGACAGCACCUGUAUGGGGAAGGAGAUCCUGGAAGAGAGGACGAGGAGCAGGAACAGCUCUCCGGACAUGAACGCCCUCAGGCAUCGAGGGAAACAGCUCAAACAUUUCCAGAUCACUGAGGAAACAGCCAGGAUCAUCUCCAAGUUUAAAGCUGACGAGGUUUCGGCAUCCUCAGAGCUCUCUUUGGGUGAGAAAGCGGUGAAAUUGGGCCCGGAGAUAAUCACAGAGAAAAUCCUGUAAGGAUAACAGCUGGAAGUAGAGGAGAGGACUGCAGUCCCACUGAGCUGCUGCUGCAGAAAGGGAUAAGUAAAGAGAUGUGGGGUGAGAACAGCAUCCCACGUCUGCAUGUGCAGCGCAGGGCAGAGAUAAAGCAUUUGCUUGGGUUGACCUGGCAGACUCUGAGUGAGCCCAGGAUUUGCUCAUUGGUUGAAAAAUCCAACUCAAACCCAACGUCUCCCCAUACAACGUUCCCAGGAAGCACAACAGGGGUGAAGGAAACGCAGAUGGUCCGGGUAGAACUGUGGGAUCACGGAGCUUGGAGGUCAUCUAGGCUGACCAUUUUGAUCUGGAUGUUGCUGGAGUUUCCACUGGUUCAUCAGCACGUGUAAAUACAUUGCCAGAUCAAGUGUAGGAGCUGCCUCACAGCUCCUAUUUCUCCCAGCUGUUCGGCUCUAUUGCCCUUAAAUCUUCAACCUCUGCACUACUUGCGAUGCUGGCAUUGUCACGAAGGAGAGGAACCCAUGGUGGAUGAGAGGGUUUUCUUCACCUUACAACACCCGACAAGAAGGGCACCCCAGCUUGCUGGGUCUCCGUCCCACCUGCACGGGGAUCGCCCCAAUUUCUGCCUCCCUGCAGCAGAUUUUCUGCAUAAAAAUAGGAACUCGGUCCUACAGUGCCAUCUCGUGACACACACAUGCAUGUAGGAGAGUCUCCCUACGCCGUUCCUGGGGAUAACUGUGCGCUGUGGGAUGGUGUCACAGUCAAAAGCAGAGGAAAUCUGCAUGAAAUUUGGGCAGCAAAAUGAGGGCUGUUGGCAGUGAUUGUUGGUUGCAAAGACACAGGGAGAGGAGAGGAGAGGAGAGGAGAGGAGAGGAGAGGAGAGG